CUUUUAACACGUCGGCUAGACUGGGUGAAGUUUGAAAGGAAGACGACGCGGACUGAGGUUGUUUUUUUUCUGCCGCAUUUUAAAAAAAUAUCCCGAAGUGUCCCGAGCUGAAGCAGUCAUGGCUGUGCCGACGUGGGAGAGGAAAACGCGCGUAUUUCUGUGCGUUCUCGGUUUGUGUCUGUCUGUUUAUGCGCUUCACGUCGAGCUGUCCCGAGAGAGGAACCCGGACUACAGAGCGAUGUGCGACCUGGGGGAGUCAGUGAGCUGCUCCAAAGUCUUCACCUCCAGAUGGGGACGUGGUUUUGGCUUGGUCCAGUUCUUUGUGGCCAAAGAUAGCCCUCUGAACCAGCCCAACAGCGUGCUUGGCAUCAUAUUUUACACUCUGCAGAUGGGCCUCGGAUUGUCUCUCUCCAGAAAAGCUGCAGUGUUUUUGGUCUUCUCCUCCUGGGUGUCUGUGGCUGGCUCACUCUAUCUUGCAAGCAUUCUCGCCUUCAUUCUGGGGGAUUUCUGCAUGGUCUGCGUGUCAACAUACGUUGUCAACUUUGCGCUUCUCUUCACCAACCUGAAACGAAGGAGAGGUAUUGAAGGAACGAAGGAAAAGGCUGGAUAGAAAGGGUCCCUUGUGAAAUUCAACACUCGCUUUUUUUUUUUUCUUUUUUUUGCCGAAGCUGCACUGGAUCCGAAGAGUGAAUUCUCUCCCACUGUGUUUCUGCUUUGUUUACACCUAUUAAGACUUUUAAGAGAAACAGGACUGGAUGAGAGCCUCUGGAGAUCUGUAAGAUGAUUUUACACAGAAACCUAAUAAAGCAGCAGUCAUUUUUGUA